UAGCUAGUAUAUAAGAGACUAGAUUAAAAAGAAAGUAGCAACAUUAUUACUGCUAUAGCAGCGUUAGUCUUGAUUAUAAAAUAAAAUAAAAUUGCAGCGCUUGCCUCUGGCGGCGGCAGCACCAGUCCAUCACCUCCACCGGCUGUUUCCAUAGAUUGCUUACCAUGAUUAUAUCUUCAUUAUGCAAAUUGUUUGAGCGGAAUGAGAUUAAGGAAAAUAACAGUAGGCCAUAUAUACCAGAUGACUUACUUCUCAACAUUCUGUCGAGAGUACCUGCUACGCCGUUGCUUCGUUUUAAAUCGGUGAAUCGCGAUUGGUAUUCGUUGAUUUCGAGCAAUGAAUUUCGUCAACGACAUCUUCAACAUCACGCUGACCACCCCGAUCAAAGGUACGGAAUCAUCCAAAUCGGGAACGCACACACCUUACAACCGUCCCUUUUGCUUCGCAUUAUGGGCAUUGCUGAUGAUCAUCAUGAACUUGUAGAGAUUGGAAAAGUUCACGGUCAUCAACUGGUCUUCGGGUCUUUUUUUUCCCCUCGGGUAUUUGGUUCCUGUAAUGGUUUAUUACUAAUAAGUCUUUCACUAGAUUUACAAGAUUUUAUUGUGUGGAAUCCCACAAUCAGAGCGCAUAGAAAAAUUGACAGAAAUAUUUCCGACGGGCCGAGAGAUGACGUACUGUAUAUGGCUGGACUCGGUUAUAACUGCUUGAAUGACAAUUACAAAAUUGUGGUGGCAGAAUCCGGUAAUUUGCAUGAUAACUCAAUCGAAGUUCAAAUUUAUGAUUUGAAACUGAGUAGUUGGAAGAUAAUUAAACGUUAUUUCCCCUACGAGUUCAAAUCAAGCACCACACCAGCUACUACUAUGGCAAAUGGAAUCCCACAUUGGCAUGUUAAAAGGAUGAUCGAUGACGACCAAAGUGUAAUUUUAUCUUUCGAUUUGGUUGCGGAGAAAUUCGAAGAAAUUAAUCUACCUGAAAAUAUACUUAAUUUUAAUUAUAUGUCUGCUAUAGACGGAUGUCUUUGUAUAGGCAUAAGAGAAUCUCUCUCACGUCCCGUAUAUGUUUGGCAAAUGAGAGAAUAUGGAAGGAAGAACUCUUGGAUUAAAUUAGAAAUUGUUUUGCCUCAUGUAGUUCGGGGUGGCCUUUACUCGAUGCCGAUCGGAUUUUUAGGAACGGAUCAAGUUGUAAUGAGUUUAGGUAGAGCAUGGUUAGCUAUAUUUGAUGUUUCUAAACGGCAAUAUAAGUUUGUUAUGCAGUCAUGGCUUAAUCUUUUUCAUACAGUAGCUUCAUUUGACGAAACCUUUGUAUCCCCUUAUUAAUGAAUAAAGGGUCAACGCGUCCUUUAAACUUGUGUCA